UCACGCUUCUUACCAAAACCACGUGGAGCCAACUUAGUUGAUGUCAAGGUUGCAUUAAUUAAUAAAAGAAGAAUGAUUCGGAGGCCUACAGCUACUGACACAGAAGAUGACCUACUCGCCUUCCAGGAGAAGUUCAUGUCCUCUGGGGAGAAGCCCUCUGCCUCGGUGGAUUCUCACAGAAAGAUUAAAGUAGGCUCCAAGAGGGAUCAGCAUGACGACAGUAGUAAGGAAGGUCCUGCUCAAGCAAGAGAUGUGGUGGAUAUUAAGAAGGUGGAGGGUGGUAUGGCGAAACCUCCUGCCAAGAGAUCAAAGUUCAAGGAGGAAAGAAUGAAGAAGAAGAGGUCAGCUGCUCCGGACCAGCAUGAACUAAUGGAGGAUCAGGAUACGCACGUCACCAAGAUACUCUCUGAAAUACAGGAACGUGAUACGAUAAAGUUCACAAUGUCCAUGCCUAGAUAUACCACCAGAGGGGGUUUCCCCUCCGCCCACACCCUGGACACCACUACCAUGGUUACGUCAACGGCAGAGGGUCAGGCGAAGAAGAGUUUGUUUGCUCAGGCAUUUGAGGCUCAUGGAUCAAGUUUCUUUGGACUGGAGGAGAUGGUUGGUCAAGAUGAGCAGAUGGUUGAAGGUGGUGGGGGUGUGCCCUCUGGAGGAAGCAAAGGAGGAGAGGAAGUUGCUGCAGAUACUAUAGAAAGGCUUGAUUUUUCGUCUCUUAUUUCUGGAGAGGGUCUCAUGUCCGUGGGCGCAUCCAAGGAGGCAGCAAAAGAGGAAGUGAUGAAGAUCCAUGAGGAGAAUGUGCAACGACUGUCGUCCCUAUCAGAGGAGGAAAGAAAGAAAGAAAGAGAGAACAUAGUGCAGCAGCUAGAUCCUAAUCUCCUCUCGUUUCUCAAGUCUAGACACCUUCAGAAACAGCCGCUUCAACCAUCUACUGGUGAUCACAUGACUAUGGAUCACACCCCUCAACCUCCUGUAUUGGCAGACACAGCCUCUGAUACGACCACACCCACUUCCUGGGUCCACAUGGACGUGGUGGAGAGAGACAAGAUGGAGUGGAUGACGGACGUACCAUCUCACGGGACUGCCCCUCUCGUCAGGAGCAGUAACGAGAUCAGGUUCUCAUUGGAGGGGCUGGUCAUCCCACGCUCGAUAGUAAUACCCGCCCACCUUGGGUUACAUCACCAUGGUGACGAACCCCAGGCUGCUGGCUACACUUUGAACGAGUUGUUGUCCCUGUGUAGAAGUACAGUGCUACAACAGCGAACCUUUAGUCUGCAACUGCUAGCUAAGGUCAUUCAGAGAGCGAGGCAUAACGAAUACUCUAGUGUGAAGAGUGGAUCUCGUGACAAGUGUGAGGAUGGUGACUCUGUUCUCGAGCAGUUGCUUGCCUCUGAUGUCCCGCUGUUGCUAAGAUACUCUUUAGACGAGAAUGUGAGCUCUGUGAUGUUUGCAGCAGCUGCUGGUCUGCACUCGCUGUUAGUCAUCCCUCCAGAAAAUGUAUUGUUGGAGGAAUACAUGCUCUCUUAUUUUGGAUGUGUUUUGCCGGCUUUGAGGUCACAUGACAAACGAACUGUGGAGGAGGGGGAAAACGAAACUGAGAUAUUACAUCACGACAUUAUAUUGGGAUAUUUGAAUAUGAAGUUGCUUCACCGUCUCCGCUACAUUCUGGAGGUGUGUGCCCCGCCCACUCCACUCCCCUCACACCUGUUGGACGUGGUAACCAUGGUAGCAAGACACUCAGUCUACGCAGCCACUGAGGUGUACAGCUGCCCACGUCUGAUGGAUGUUGUCUUUAGUCAGUUCCUGCCACUUGAUUGGUCGACUGAGAGAGGGGGUGUGGUUGAUGGGCCUGCGUGUGUGUCUGCACUGAAGCUGGUGUGUGCACUGGUCUCAGCUAGUAGGAACAUCACUACUGCUUUGUUAUCUUGUCACCACCUCUCCUCUGUGCUUGUACGGUACACUAUCCCCCCUCCCUCUGAACUGGGACUGCCUCUAGACCACUCCCUCCCCCUCUCUACCACGGCUCUGCUCACAUGGGCACUGGCACUGGGCUAUGGACUAGCCUCUCACGCAGUCAGGGACACGUUUCCAGAGUUACUGAAGCAGCUGCACUGUGUCUCCCUGGACAACGGUAGCUCUCCCCUGCAAGCUAACAGGGACAAGGCUCUACUGUGUCUAGUGGAGGCAGUUCUCAGACUUGUGGCCAUUACACCUGAGCAGCUCAAGAUUGAGGGAACCACUGACACCCAUCCUCCCCCUGCCGUGGACUGGAGCCACUCUCGUGCUCUGUUGGCUCCACUGCUCAGUCUUACACAACAGCUGACUGAGACUACUGAGGAUUCACCGUGUGCUGGCAAUGUGCUGCACUGUCUUGCCACAUACUAUCAUCUCUCCCCUCCCAAUGUAUCUUCAGUGGAUCUCUCAGAGCAGCUAGCCUCACUGUUUAAAGGGCCCUUCUUGUGUUUGGCCAGUUCACCUCUCUUUACAAAUUCUCUGCUGACUAUCCGAGAUACAUCUGGUAUUGCCACUCCCCUCGACACUCCGGGCACACCUCCACCACCCUCCCUACCCUCACACUUCACACUCCCCACACCCAACAAGCCUGCACUGUACGGCCGUCCCACGAUGCAGUCAGGUGACUACCACAGUCUAGUACAGCCUCGACUAUCGCUACUGACAGCUACCAACCUGACCUGGGGGUACAUCAGACUAGUCAGAGUGGCACUACACAGUAACAAGGCCACAACCACUAAGGUGGCUGCGAUAGUUUGCAACCCAGUGUAUAUUGAGUAUCUCAAGAAAGUGGCACAGUCGGAGGGUUCAAAGGCGUCGUCAACAAUUGACCUUGUUGAACUGUACAUGCUCUACGAAUCUGUGCUGAUGCUUCAGUCUCUCGUGGAGCUAGGUUCGUCCGUCCCAGAGGGGUGUGGUCAAUUGACGUUUGAUCUUGGACACAGGUUACUCAAACUCCUCCCACCUGGACUGGAGAGUAUCGUAUGGGAUCUAGUCUCCACUGUUGUAUUACACCCCUCGCUUAUCAGGACAAGAAAUCAAUCUCUGUUUCUGGAACAAGACGUCAUCAGCUUGUCACUAAGAGACCAGCCUCAACCAAUCACAGUUCAGGAUAGAUCUACCAUCACCAAGACCACCAGUCAACUGCUGACAGACUCACUUGCCCACCUCCCCACCAUCAGAACCACCUACCAGCUGGCAUUGAGGGAGAGCGGUGUCUGCUCUCGUGCAAAGAUACUCCGCUCUGAGGCUAUAUUUAACGGACAUCCCUUCCAAACACCUUCAAAGCUCCUCCCACCUUGCCACGCCCCCAUCAUGCCAGAGGACUGGAUCAUGCUACCCAUUAUGCUUGAGUAUAGCAAAACAACAACUGAAACUCAAAAAAAAGUUUCAGACGCAACUGAUAGUUUGGAGAGAGUUGUAUCCAUGGUAACAUGCUCCCUCCAAUUGCUCUUGUUAUUGGAACACCUUCAUCCGCACUUGUUGAGGAAACUGCCGACGUCGGCAAAGAUCGCCCGACUCAUGUGCAUCUUUCUAAUUGAUAGUGAGCUGUUUCUGGAGAGGGUGGUUCAUGAUCUGCUGGCUUCUCUGCUGAGCCUCUACUGUAGAGGUGGUAGCCAGCUGGACUUCACAACUCCUAUCCCCGGGCUGACAUCUUUUGUGGACCUAUACACUACUUUGUUGGAGCAGUUCUCGGCUGUAUCCUAUGGCGACCACCUGUUCUCCUGUUUCCUGCUCCUGCCUCUACAGCAGCUGUUCUCCUCUCACCUGAAGAAGCUGGUGUGGGGGGAGAACCCUACAAUCAUUAGAGUCUUCUCCCUACCACUUACUGAGGUGCCAGUACCUUUGGACAGUUUUCUCGUUCCUAUAGAGACUGACAUGCAACUGAUUGAUAUGUACAUGUCUGCAUUAUCAGCGGAGACAGUCAGGCGUGUGUGGAGUCCAUUGUUUUACCUGGUGGCGGUCCAUCACGUGCACAGCUGUAUCUUCAGUGAUGGCUCCCCUGAGGGGCAGAGGAGGCAACUGUUGCAGAGAGUGGUCAACCUGUCUAAUCAGGAGACAAAGAGAUGUGUGCUACUGUAUGUUGGUGUGGACACGAGCUCACCAGCUGGUGUGAAACUAAGAGAACAGUUGGACGAGAGACAAUUAACAAUUAUUAAAUCAUUGCUAGGGACAACCAUUAAUGUGCUGUAAUGCUUUGUGUACAAAGAAUAUCUUCAAAGACCCCACAAAAACAUUUGG